ACCAGCCAACGUCUCAAUCAGUUCGUUUCUUCCUUCGUGGUUUCAGUACAGCAAGUGGAGGUGUAUAUGUUACUUGUUUAUAAACAGCCAGUUUCCAAAGAAUGAAGCAAACUCUCUCAAUUUUUUUUAAUGUUUGGCGUGGUGUGACUUACAGAAAACAAACAUAAAGUAACAGCUGCUUGGUUACUCCGGUGGCGAUGAAAGGUCUCAUCCUGCUUUUAUGUGUUUUUUAAAUAUUUAUACAACGGACUGAACUCACAGAAAAACAGAAAUGCAAGUGAUCCUCACCCAGAAAAUCUGCAAAGAAAAAGAAUUUGAAGAAAUAAUAUCAGGACAAGUUUGAUACAACUAGCAAGACCAUAGCCGGGAAUCCAAUGCACAAAUAAAUUUAUUUUGAAAGAAAAUUUCCAGGGUUGUGUUGAACGAUGGUCAACUGUUCUGUCGACCACAGUAUCCACCAGAUCCUGUUUCCCACCGUCUACAUUGGGGUCUUCAUCAUUGGUCUCCCAAUUAACCUCCUGUCCCUGUAUCAUAGCUACCUACAGAUCAGACAGAAGAAUGAGCUGGGAAUCUAUCUCUGUAAUCUGACCAUCUCAGACCUGUUGUACCUCCUUUCCUUACCUUUGUGGAUUCAGUACAUGCUGCAACAUGAUGACUGGCAAUAUUCUCGGGAACUUUGCAUCUUCAGUGGUCUGCUCCUCUACCAGAAUAUCUACAUCAGCAUUGGCUUCCUCUGCUUCAUUGCCAUUAAUCGCUUCCUCGUCGUGGCUUACCCUCUGAAAUUUAAAUUCAUACACAGCAGGAAGGCUGCUUUGCUUAUCAGUAUUCUCAUCUGGCUCAAGGAGAUAGCCGUCUGCACCAUUUACAUGGGCUCCAAGGUUCUCAGUAAAGACGAGGGGAAUGACACUUUGUGUUUUGAACAUUAUCCUCUGCGUCAAAAGGACAGAUAUUUAAAUAUUUAUAAACUUUCGAUUGGCUUCAGCCUCCCUUUGAUUUUAUUAAUCUACUCUUACCAUAAAGUGUUGAGGGUUGUCCACAAAAGCCAUGGACUUGAAAGACAGCGGAAAUUAAGAAUAAAAAAAUUGGUUUCUGGGACAAUCAUCAUUUUCCUGGCUUGCUUUGCUCCUUAUCACAUUUUCCUGAUGGUUCGAAGCAUAUUUGAGUAUGACUGUCCCUUUGCUGACAGUAUUUUUGAGGUUUACCAUUUUGGGCUCCUGCUGAUGAGUUUAAACUGUGUGGCCGACCCUGUUUUGUACUGUUUCAUAUCACAGAGUUCACAGAGCUGGUUGGCAAGGUUCCUGGAUCCUGUUAUCAAUCUCUUUCCAUGUGGAAAAAAAGAAGAAAUUGUGACCCUUGAGAUGAAGGACAACUUACCACUUACAACCAAAACAAGUCUCUUACCUCAAAGACACCAGAAACAAGCAAAUUACGAUUACCAACACUCAAAGCAAAACCUCUUGGUUUGAUUUCCUGGUGAACUUGAAGACUGCAGCAGGGCAAGUAUAUUCUCUUCAUCUGUAGAGGUGGCCAUUCAGUCAGAGUGUGAUAAUUCCACCAACUGUCCUUCGAUUACAGUAUCCACCAGAUCGUCUUUCCCACCGUCUAUAUUGGGGUCUUCAGUAUCGGCCUUCCAGCUAAUCUCCUGUCUCUGUAUCACACCUACCUACAGAUCAGGCAGAGAAAUAAGCUGGGACUCUAUCGCUGUCAGCUGCCCAUCUCUGACCUGUUGCACCUCGCCUGUCUGCCCUUGUGGAUCCAAUACUUACUGAUGAAAGAUCAUUGGGUGAAUGGCAAGUUACUAUGCAAGAUCACUGGGAUCAUCCUCUAUGGGAGUAUAUAUGUGAGCAUUACAUUCAUCUGUUACAUCUCCAUGGUUCGCUACCUGGUAGUGGUCCACCCUUUAAGAUUCCACACCUUCUGAACUUUGAAAGCUGUGCUUCUGGUCAGUGCCCUCGUCUGGAUCAAAGAAAUUGGAACCAGUCUUUUCAUUUUCUCCUUCAAUUGGGACUGUGAAAGAUCAAAACAACCACUUGCUGUGUCUUGAGCAUUAUCUAUUGUAGCCUUGGCAAUGGAGAAUAAACUAUUACCAUCUCUCUC